AAAUGAGGCAGCGCACUGCGUAAAGGAUGAUGGUACGUGACAACAGUAAACAAAGAUGGCCGCAUAAAACGCAAGACGCGUCCGUAUAAGAACUCGCAAAAUACUGCACAAGUUCUACCUCUUCCCGCCAUAUUAUCAUGGCUAAUACCUACAGACUCAGUUCAUAAUCUUAUUUCGCAAGAUCUAAGCUAGUUUCUGUGGCAAUUUGGUGAAAGGAUGCCGAAGAAAGCUGCAAAAGGAAAGAAGAAGAAAAAAAAGAGCAAGCCCAUCGAGAAUGUCAGUACGGAGCUUGGCAAAGUUCCAAACCGAAUUAUGGUGCAGCAAAUGGCUUCUCCUACACUCAGCCCAGCGGCUAGCAGAGCUGGAACUGCCAGAGAGCGGCUUGCAGAGGCCCUUCACGAAGCAGAAAUGAGAAAGCAAAGGAGGUUUAUGCAGGGCAAGGUUGGCGCGAGAGCAUACCAGCAUCUAACGCCACAAGAGAUCAGAGACCUCAAGCUAGUUUUUGACACGUUUGAUACUGACAAAAGCGGGUCUAUAGAUGGCAGAGAGCUGCGGAAGGCAAUGCGCACACUUGGGUUCAAGAUUUCCAAGGAAGGCAUCGCUGGCAUGAUAGCUGACCUUGAUGCAGAUCAGUCUGGUCGUAUUGAGUUUGACGAGUUCUUGGAUUUUAUUAUUUCUAAGCAGAGUGACGGGCGUGAUGUUCAUGAUGAAAUAGUCCAGGGGUUCAAGAUGUUUGACACAGAUCAAUCAGGUCGAAUCACUCUAGAGAACCUAAAGCAAGUGUCUCGCAUGUGUGGUGUGAAGCUGAAUGAGACUGAACUGAAAGAGAUGAUACUAGAAGCAGACAAGGAUGGAGACAGCAGCAUAGAUCAGGAUGAAUUCAUUAACAUGAUGCUGAAAACAAAUCUGUUUCCUUGAUGUAUUAGUUCAGCUUUGUGGAAAAGGUGUAGGGUUGGGCGUCCUUUGUGCAAGGAGUGCCAUUAGCACAGACAGGAAGGAGACAUCCAAUAUUGGUAGGCUUUAAGAUGCCACCAUGUGACUGGUUCCUCUCUUGUACAGUAUAACAAGAAUUGAGCGGGACAGAAAGGAAAAAUAGUACAGCAGAAAAAGUUUUAUUGACCCAAACUGAUCUUUUCUUGGAACAGUAAGACAGCACCUAGAUGGGAUAAGCACAUGUUUCUGUAGCCUGUGUUACAGUUAAACUAAACUAGAUUCAGUCCGUCUUUACCUAGUUUACUUUGGCUGUAACGUAGGCUAACGUUUUUGUUGAAACACACAGUUGUACAUUGAAUAUCCAUCUAACAUAACUUACCACAUAGUUGUCCCCUAGUUUUACUUCAAAAGGAUCAUCCUCCAUCUCAAGAACAAUAUUCUUCAUUAAAAAAAGAAAAAAAACUAAUGUAAGAUAAACAUUUAUAAAAAUUAUCCAGUGAGAGGAUCUACUACAAUUUUCUUUAUUAUUUCUGACAGGUCUAAUGCAAGCUCAACAUAAGUAGAAAAUCAAUCAACUGGUGAUCCAAAUUAUCAGUAGAUAAUAAAAUGUCGGAUAUGUCUGUUCUAUUCUUAGUGCAGCAUCAUAAAGAAGAUCAAUUUUAUACCUUAAGGCCCUAGAAGUAGAUGUAAAGGAAUGUCCUAAAUGUAUAGUUGUUAUAAAAAAUACAUACAAUGACCCCGAACAUUCACUGCACACUGUUUAAAACAAGACUUGAAAAUACCUGAAAAGGUACCUCACAAGAGUUGUUUAAAUGUGAGUGGAGAUGUGCAUGCAUUGGUUUCCUAAUCCUUUGCUAAAUUUACAUUGGCUAUUAGAUUGUGCAAGUAUGUUCUUGGACUGUCAUGACGAGCCCAUGAUGGUCACAACUGUAAUUGUAAGAAUGGUUGCCAACAAAAUAUAAAGAGAUGUGAUCAAUGCAGAAUAAAACAAGCCAGAAUGUA